GGACGCGAGGCAUCUCCGAGGUCCUCGUAGACUUUCCUGUUGCAUCUGGGCAUGCCUGGCGCUGCUCUGUCCCUUAGGCCAGCGUGGGCCGGCCACGCCACGGCUGGCGUCUGGAUCAAGGCCAAGCGUCACCUCACAGAAUCAGGCUGAAAAGUUCUUUAAGAUAAUGGAAUCCAAGCUAUGACCCAGCACCAAUAUGUCAACUAGACUCUGGCACCAAGUGCCGUGUUCAGUCUUACACACUUCAGGGGUGGUGAGUUCAGGACCUAUGGGCAGUCUGUUCCAAUUCCAAUCACCAAUUCCAUGCAGAAUUUUUUCCUAGUGACCAACCUAAACCUUCCCUGGCCUAGCUGUAGACAGUAAGAAAUGUCCCUGCAAGUGUCCUGUGCCAGGGAGGGCAGUCUGCCUCAGUGUGGAGUGCUCCCCACUAUGGAUAGCACAGUUGGCCCUUUGGCCACAGCCAAGGGAGCCACAACUCUCCACUUCGAGCUGCAAAAGCAUUUAUCCCAGGAACAUCUCCUCACAUAAAGGGAAAAAGUGUAACUGAGGGACUCACUGGGAGAAGUGUGACCUGAGCAGCACUGUCAUGGUUGUGGGAAAGAAGAGAAAAUGAAGAAAUUUGACUGGAGAAACAGGGAGAUUGUGACUGUGGCAAGGAGCAAUCCCAGCUGUGGCUGCACUGUGCAGUUCAGGAUUAGAGAGUUCCCUGAUGCUCAAAGGCACUGCUGGAGAGUGGUUUUCCUGUCUCUGUCAGCUGUACACCUGGCUUCCCCAUAUGGAUUUACUCUUCUCAAAACUGAUUUGUACAAAAUGUUUUUCAGCUGUAACUGUCAGAACUGACAGAAUGAGCUGAGGAAGCCAUAACAACAACAGCUCCCAGCCCGCAGGGAUGAUGUCCCAGUGGUUCCUCCAGCACUGCCCAGAGCCAAACAGCCCCGAGCUGUGCAUGGAUGCCUCACACAGCUGUGCUGAGAGCUGCACAUGGGGUACAGGCACCCACAUGCUCUCACUGGAUCCUGCCCUUGACUUGUGUGUCAGAACUGCAUUAAUUUCCUGCCUGGUUCCUGCUACAGAUAAGGACACUAUUUUCUCUUCGCCUUAUGUAACUCCCAUCUCUAUUGAGACCAGAGACAGUCUGGAGGUAAGAGGUGGCAAUGAUAUGGAUUCUGUAACAAAGAAAACGAGGCAGGAUGGAUCAGAAGUUACUGAAAGACUUAUUACAGAGACUGUAACCACAAGACUGACAUCCUUGCCACCCAAAGGAGGGAGCAGCAGUGGGCUCAAAACAUCAUCCCACACUGGAGGGAGUGGAGUGGAAAAGCGGUCGUACACCCAUGGGAGCAGCUAUGUGACCUCAAGUGGAAGUGGUAGAUUGCAUUCAACAUCAUCAUCCUCCAGCUACAGACAAGCCCAGUCUCCCAGCUCUACUCUCACCAAAUCACCUGGCUCAACAUUUGAAAGAAAAACCUAUGUCAACCGCCAUGCAACAUAUGAAGGGAGCUCCAGUGCCAACUCUUCUCCUGAAUUUCCCAGAAAAGAUUUUGCAUCUGCCUCUACGAGAGGGAGAAGCCAAAGUCGAGAGAGUGAAAUACGAGUCCGACUGCAGAGCGCAUCUCCCUCUGGCAGAUGGACGGAGUUGGAUGAUGUGAAACGUUUGCUGAAAGGAAGUCGAUCUGCCAGCUGCAGCCCUACUCGGUCACCAUCCGGUACACUCCCGAUACCAAAAAAGGCUGUGGUGGAGACAAAGAUGGUCACUGAGAGCUCUCAGUCAGUGUCAGGGACAUAUGACACAACCAUACUGAAUACCGCCCUCCCUUCAUACAUGUGGUCCUCCACUUUGCCUGCUGGGUCUUCCCUUGGUGGAUACCAUAACAGCUCUUCCUUGAUCAAUGCCAUGUCUCACUCUACAGGAUCAGUUUUUGGUGUUCCAAAUAACCUGGCUCCCAGCAAUCAUACUUUGAAUGCGGGCCUCAGCUCUUCCUCUACAGUAUUUGGAGUUCAAAACAACCUGUCUCCAAGCUCUUCUUCUGCAACCCAGAAUGCUACAGCAGCCUCUGCAGCAUAUGGGAUGAAGAACACUUCUCAGAGCAACACCAUGGCAAGUACUGGUGUGUCUGCCUCAGCAGGAGGAACUGUUUUGAGCUCCCAGGGAGACGACAUUCUGCGCAAAGACUGCAAGUUCCUGCUGGUGGAGAAGGAGAAGGCACCUGCAAAGGAGAUGGAGCUCUUGGUCAUGACAAAGGACACUGGCAAAGUCUUUAGUGGUUCUAACACUGGGCUUAAUGGAGGAUCUUUUGUAGAAGACACCUUGAAGAAAGAGAAGCAGGGAUUUUCCUCCUCUUAUGCUACAGAUACUGGCCUAAAAUCAGAUGCAAAUGGAGGGCUGAAAUCCAUGCCAAAAAGGGACAAAGAAACUUAUGCAGAAAUACGAAGUGGUGAUGCAGGGGGUGCAAUUGGAUCAGCACCAUCCUGGUGUCCCUGUGGUUCCUGCUGUAGCUGGUGGAAAUGGCUCCUGGGUUUGCUUCUAACCUGGUUGUUUCUCCUUGGAUUGCUUUUUGGACUGAUUGCUCUGGCUGAAGAAGUGAGAAAGCUGAAAUCUCGUGUGGAAGACCUGGAAAAAAUCAAUGGUGGCCUCCUGGCAAUUAACCAAGGAAAUUCAAAAAUAGAAAAGGAUGUUUCAAGAGUAGACUUUCUUCAUGGUAACUCACCCUCCUUGACCUUUCCAUAUGAAAAUGAAGAGUCAGUCUGGUUGAUGGUGAAGAGCAGACUGAAUAAGGAAAUAGAACGAGGCUACUUCCGAGGGGAGAGAGGAGAACGUGGUGAGAAAGGUGACAUGGGAAUACAAGGUCCCAAAGGUGAUCGAGGACUUCCUGGUGCUCCAGGCAUUCCUGGUCCAAUUGGGCAUGCAGGACCAGAAGGACCAAAAGGCCAGAAGGGAAGCAUGGGUGAGCCUGGCAUGGAAGGUCCCAUGGGACAAAGAGGUAGAGAAGGGAUGCCAGGGCCUCGAGGGGAGCCAGGACCACCUGGAUUUGGAGAAAAAGGAGACAGAGGUGCUGUUGGCGAGCCAGGUCCUCCAGGGCCACCUGGACCCCCAGGUUCUACUGGCCUAAAAGGCCUGAUGGGUUCUCCAGGCCCACAAGGUCCUCCAGGUCCUCCCGGCCUACAAGGAUUUAGAGGUGAAGCAGGACUUCCAGGUGCUAAAGGUGAAAAAGGAGCCAGUGGACCCCCUGGACCCAAAGGUGAUCAGGGUGAGAAGGGUGCUCGUGGAAUGACAGGUGAACAAGGCUCAAGAGGAAUACCUGGACCUCCAGGAGAGCCCGGGGCUAAAGGACCUGUAGGACAAGCUGGUCGUGAUGGACAGCCAGGUGAAAAAGGUGAACCAGGUCUUAUGGGAAUGCCAGGUGCCAGAGGCCCUCCAGGACCCACUGGAGAUGCUGGAGAGCCAGGUCUUACAGGACCUCAAGGACCGCCAGGACUUCCAGGCAACCCAGGCCGACCAGGGGCUAAAGGAGAACCUGGAGCUCCAGGAAAAGUCGUAAGUGCAGAGGGUUCAUCAACUAUUACUCUGCCAGGCCCACCAGGUCCUCCAGGCCCACCUGGCCCCACUGGUCCCCCAGGUGUUCCAGGUCCUGUUGGACCAGCUGGUCUCCCUGGACAGCAAGGUCCACGGGGUGAGAAAGGAUCCCCAGGUGAAGCUGUGGUAGAAACCAUCAGAACAGAAGUCUCAUCAUUAGCAUCUCAAAUGCUGGGAGAUUUACAUGGGCGAGCAGGACCCCCAGGUCCCCCUGGACCACCAGGUGAAUCUGUACAGGGACCUCCUGGACCUCGUGGUCCCCCAGGAGAAGGAUUGCCAGGACCUCCAGGCCCACCAGGGAGACCAGGAUCAUCCAUGUCCACCUCAGAAGCAUUCUUCACAGGCCCACCAGGUCCACCAGGACCACCAGGCCCCAAGGGAGACCAAGGUGAACGAGGUCCACGGGGAUUCACAGGAGAACCGGGUGAUCCUGGCCUGUCAGCAUUCUCCUCCCACGGUGAAAGAGUCACCAUACAGGGACCCCCUGGCCCACCUGGCCCACCAGGACCAAAAGGUGAUGCAGGUGUCCCAGGUGCACCUGGCAUCCCAGGAGCAUCUCGAGGUGGCUCCAGACAAAUUCAGGGACCCCCAGGACCUCCUGGGCCACCUGGUCCUCCAGGCCCAAGUGGAGGUUCAUCUCAGGAGAUUCAGCAGUAUGUGACUGACUACCUGAAGAGUGACAACGUCAGACAUUAUUUCACUGGUGCCCAAGGCCCACCAGGCCCUCCAGGCCCACCUGGACUUAUCACCACUGCAGAUGGGAUUACCUUGGAUUAUGAAGAGCUGGCUACCCGUGUCAUGAGCUAUAUGACAAGCUCUUCAGGUCGCUAUGAGUCAUUUUCUAGCUCCGUAUCCACUACAUCCAUUUUGUACCAAGAACUUCUGGACCUGCUGCAAAGAGAAGAAAUUCGUCAGUAUCUCAUUGGACCUCAGGGCCCACCGGGACCUCCUGGGCCAGGGGGAGAUGGAAUGUCUCUGUCACUGGAUUAUGAUGAGCUGACCAGGAGGUUUAUCAGCUACUUGUCAAGUUCUGGGAUGAGCAUUGGAUUGCCUGGACCACCUGGGCCUCCAGGGUCACCCGGUAUAUCUUACAGUGACCUGACAGCUUACCUGCGAAACUCUGAAUUCAGUGGCAUUGUUGGGCCCCCUGGUCCUGCAGGCCCUCCAGGACCUCCAGGGAUCCCUGGAUCACCAGGCACCUCUCUGGAGGACAUCUCUGCCUACCUUCAAAAUGUUGGAUACUCUUCCCUUUCUGGAGUUCGGGGCCCACCUGGCCCUCCUGGCCCUCCAGGACCACCAGGUUUCUCUGGAACUGGCAUCCUAUCCUAUGCUGACAUCACCAACAAUGACGAGUUCAGGAGUGAGCUGAUCCAGUACCUGAAGAGUGAUGAAGUUCGAAGCUACAUCUCAGGACCCCCUGGGCCCCCUGGGCCACCGGGACCCAAGGGAGACAGUGGCUUUGUGUCUGGGUCUAUGUCUUCAUCAUACCAAGGCUUACGAGCUUCUGAGCACUUGCAUGGAGGAUCCCUUGGUGCUGAGGGCUCCCACGGGGGCUCACUGGGCACAGGCAGCUCGUAUGGCAGCUCCAUGAGCAGCAGAUCCUCUUACCAUGCCUCCAUGGGCAGCGAUGGCGCUUACGAUGCCUCCAUGGGCACAGACAGGUCCUUCGAUGGGCUGCUGACAGAGGAGGAAUCACUCAGAUCAGCAGGGUCGAGCAGAUCCUACAGCAACUCCUUCACUGGUUCCCUGGAUUACAACGAGCUGGCACUCCGUGUGUCAGAGAGCCUACAGAGCCGAGGUAUUCUCCAGGACCUGAUGUCUUACACAGCACAGGGACCUGCAGGUCCCCCAGGCCCUCCUGGUCCCCCUGGCAUCAGCAAGGUCUUUGCAUCCUAUGGCAAUAUCACUGCAGACCUCAUGGACUUCUUUAGAACACAUGGUGCCAUCCAGGGGCCACCCGGUGAAAAGGGAGAGAGGGGUUAUCCUGGACCCAAAGGUGACCCUGGGCCAAUGGGCCCACCAGGACGACACGGGCAAAGGGGACCAAAAGGAGAGAAGGGAGAGAAAGGUGAACAACUGUAUGUUGGCAGAAGAAAAAGAAGAACUGUUGGUGUUUAAAAAAAGAGGUAGCUCAGUUCUGCACAGGGCAGCGUUCCCAGCAGCCUGAGUCUUCACUGCCUUAAUGCUAAAACAUCCUCACUGCUCAGCUGACCCCUUAGAGUUGAUAGCUCAGAUCUGAAUGUCACCUGUGUGUGUCCGGCA